CUCAUCUCAGUGCAGUGUAUAUGCUCAUAGCUGCAGUAUACAGGGACAGAAGAAUUUUGACACAGACGCACACACUCAUGCCUAUUCACAUGCCUGCACACACAUGUCUUCACACAUCCAUGUGCUCAGACACAAAAGCAUACCGUGCUACUGAAGUGGGGAUGUACAACGGCGGAAGGUGACAAUUCCUUGAAAAUUUGGGAUAGAGGGGAGACUAAAAGGUAAGGGGUGGAGAAGAGGUCUGCAGUAUAUGGUGGUGGUGGGGGGAGUGAAUCAAUAUACUCCAGUAUUGUUGCAAUUACUAAAGCAACGUGUAUAGACAUAAUGUGCUGUAACUGUGAAGAGUGCGAUUGACAAAGGGAAGAUGACAUGGGACAGAUGUCUAAAUAAGCGACAGAAAGAUUGAAAGAUAAACUGAAAGGCAACGAGAGAGUUUUGAAGAGUGCCAUAGAGGAGGAGAGGUUGAGCGAGAAGUGGGUAUUAAUACAAAAAAAGAUAGAUGGGGAGAGGAAAGACAAUGAGCGAGGAAGAAAAUGAUCAUUGAGAAACGAGUAAUAAAGGAAAACAGAACAGUGGAUAUAAAAUGAAUUUAUGUGUGCUUAAUGGAUAGGAAAAAAUAUUUUCAAAAUAUUGGACUAAUAGCAAGAACAAUUUAAAAAUAGCUAUAUAUAGAGAGGCAAACAUAAGUAGAAUGAAAAAGUAGAAGUACGGUAGAUAGAGAGCAAAAUGAACAUGGUUCAGUCUGACAGUGACACACGUUAAAGAAAUGCUCCCUAUGCUCUGUUAGUGUCAGGAUGCUAUGCUCUGCUAGUGUCAGUCUAGAUCGAGGACCACCAGUCUUAUCAAAAUGAAAGGGAAUCCCCAGUCUAUAAGUCCAGAGAUGACGAGCAUCAUUCAUCCCGUCAGUAUUAUACAUAGGAUUGUGAUACCUUAAUUUGUCCAUGUCACGCUGGACACUAUCACUGUAUAAAUGCCAUGUAAGAUGUGUAAAAGUCAUUCAAAAAUGUGUCUUACUUGGUAUGUUAAGUGUCACAAAGAUUACGGCUCCCUCUGUCUGCAGGUGUCACACCUGAAUAAUGUCUCUUUUAGCUUAUUACAGACACACACAGACAUAGGGUGUUCCAAAACCUAUAACUGAGCCUACCGUUGUCUCUCACUCAAUACUGAAGGGGGUCUAUUGUCAUACACGUAAUUUAGGCUACAUCAGUCUGCUUAGUGGCACGUAGGAUGAAUACCUCAUGUAUCUGUUAAUGUUGCACCCUGGAGAUAAACUCUUAGCCUGCUAAUUUGGAUUAAGACGAGUAACUAUUUCAGUCUGCAAUGGUCACACAGAGCAGAUGAAGACUCUUGGUCUGCUAGGACAUAAUUUAAUGUGCCCAUCUAACAAACUUCUUCACACGGCCGGCAUCAUAUAGUAAAUAAACUCUACACAAAUAAGCAAGUAUCACGCAGUUAUUUAAGGGACUCAAAUUGAAAUAUUAUAUUUAUAACCAGUAAAUAGCUCUGUUAGCCUACCAAUGUCCUAUGCAAAAAAAUCAGCUUUCUCAGUCUGUUAAAAUAAUGCUCAGGAAAUGGACUUUCCUGCUUUUCUGUUUCUGUCCUCGAGGAUUUUUCAUAGCUUGCCAAAAGGAAGCUUUCUCAGUCUGUUCAUGUUAUACUAGAGGAGGGGUAAUUUAGCCUGUCAGUAUAUUACUUUGAUUGGGGAUGCACCAAUACAGCAUGCCUUCACAGCCCAGAUCCAGAUUUAUUUCCACUAGGGAGGUCUACGUAGUUCACUAAUGUCAUACUGGAAAAGGUUCUUUAUGAAGUAUUCUAAUGUGAUAGAGACCAGAAGGAAUUUCUCAGUUUAUUACUGUGCAACCCUGGAGAAUACUACUGUUAAACACCAGAGAGGGACAAUUUCUCUCUGUCAGAAACACCAACACAAGAGAAAUGGGAAAGUGUCCCCCCUCCCCUACUUGGUAAAGGUCUCUCAUGAUCGAAGGGGCCUGUAACUUCGUAUUUCCAUGUUCGGGAAUAUCUCCAACUGACCUGUACAAUAUGUGUCCCUCUCAGUCUUAUAAGUGGUAGACACUAUGAACUGACAAUUAAUAAAUAGACUCGGUUUGAGGUGUGCGGAAAAAAAUGUCCUUCGGUAAAUCGGUUUCCUUCACAAAUCACUGAGGCUUAAUUAAAUGUUAUCAUUGUGUAUAUUAGUUUUAGCCUCAUUCACUCUGUCACUGUCAAAAAAAAAAGGUUAUUGGAAAUUGCCCAAUCUGUUAUUAUAGUGUCCCUUAGUCUUUUAAAUCGAGGUUACUGUGGACUCCAAUCUGUCUGUUUUACACUCCUCCAUCUACCCAUUUGUCAGUAUUGAAAAGAAGCGUACCCUGAGCUCAGAAAAAGCAAAGCUUUCAGCUUUACGUUGAUUAUAGAAUCUACAUCAGUACUUCUGUGACGCACAUAUAGAUGGAUCAUUUUGUUCAUUACAUGUGCUUUCAGAGAAGAUGAACUUUAACAGUGUGUAAUUAGGUGUAUGAGAUUUUGAAAAUUGCUUUCUAGUGCUGUUAUAGGUUAGCUACCUACCCUUUUUCUAUUGCAGUUAUGUUUAGUAGCCGCUAAGUGUCUCUGUGUUGUGCAAACAUUUUCUUUCUCCUUUCACUAACCCAACCUUCUUUCUUUUCAGGUGAUCCUUACCUCCCUUCCUUUCUCCACUAUGUCCCUGUUAUUGCUUUCCCUUAUGCUCCUCCCCUUGUCCCACCCUGCCACCACUCCUUUACCUAAUGUGUCAACCUGUGGAUCCACCCAAACUGGUGAGUGCUCGGAUGGGGUUGUCCUGCCCGCUUGGCUACCUCACCCACCAUCCACUGGAGACCGGGCAGCACGUGCUAUUGUCUACUUUGUGGCUCUGGUCUACAUGUUCUUGGGAAUGUCUAUCAUAGCUGAUCGCUUUAUGGCAUCAAUUGAGGUCAUCACUUCUCAGGAACGUCGAAUAACUUUCAGAAAACCCAAUGGAGAGGUGACAGUGACAAGUGUACGCCUCUGGAAUGAAACUGUCUCCAAUCUAACACUGAUGGCCCUAGGCUCCUCAGCACCAGAGAUUCUGCUUUCCAUAAUUGAGGUGGUCGGACGAGGAUUUGAAUCUGGUGAUAUGGGUCCAAGUACAAUUGUUGGCUCAGCUGCCUUCAACAUGUUUGUGAUUAUUGGUCUUUGUGUGAUGGUAGUGCCUGAUGGGGAAAGCAGGCGUAUCCGCCAUCCACGUGUGUUUGCAGUUACUGCAUUUUGGAGUGUCUUUGCCUAUGUGUGGCUCUUCCUGAUCUUGUCCUGGUCUUCCCCAGGUGAGGUUGAGGUAUGGGAAGCCCUGUUGACAUUCUUUUUCUUUCCAGUAUGUGUAUUGCAAGCGUGGCUGGCAGAUCGACGUCUCCUUUUUUACCGUUAUGCAGGACGAGGAAGAGAGGGAAAGGCAAAGUACAGGGCAGGUAAAAGCAGAGGAGUACUUGUUGGAGCAGAGGAUACAGUCGGACAAGAAGAACCGGGAGAGUUGAGAAUGGCUGGAGGGGAAAGAGGAAUGUUUGCGGAAGAUGAUGAAGAAGAAGAAGAAGAGCGAAGAGACAUGGCAAGAGUAUUUAAAGACAUGCGUCAGCGAUAUCCAGGAAAAGACAUGGAACAGUUAAUGGAACUAGCCAAUUACCAGGCACUUGUUCAACAACAGAAGAGUCGGGCUUUUUAUAGGAUCCAGGCCACCAGGAUGAUGAUUGGUGCAGGCAAUGUAUUGAAGAAGCAUGCAGCAGACCAGGCGAGGAGGGCUCUGACUGAUGGUAGCACAAGAGAGGGUCAGGGAGGAGGACGUGGAGAGGAUGAGGCACGCUGGACAGAGGUGGAAUUUGAACACACUCACUACCAGUGCUUUGAAAACUGUGGAACAGUUAGUUUGUGGGUGGUGUGUAGGAGGGGGGAGGGUGAAGGUGCAGUUCAGGUUGACUACAGAACAGAGGAUGGCACCGCCAAUGCAGGGUCAGACUAUGAAUUAGCAGAGGGAACUGUGAUAUUUCAGGCUGGGGAGUCAAGGAAGGAAUUGCGUUUAGGCAUUAUUGAUGAUGAUGUAUUUGAAGAGGAUGAACAUUUUUAUGUGCAACUGUGUAACCCGCGGCGGGCCAGAGGAGUCAGAGAAGGGCAGGGCAGAGUAAGGCUGGGAACUGGGAGAAGAGCAACAGUGACAAUAUUUGAUGAUGACCAUGCUGGCAUCUUUAGCUUUGAGGCUGGCAGUAUGCGAGUGAGUGAGAGUAUUGGUACAAUGAGGGCUAAAGUGGUGAGGGGAUCAGGGGCACGAGGCAAAGUAGUAAUUCCCUACAGAACAAGUGAAGGCACUGCCAAAGCAGGAGAGGACUACCUAGAAGUGGCAGGAAAGGUGGAAUUUCAAAAUGACGAGACCACGUGA